CUAGUUCACCUGUCAGCCCGCCGCUUAAUAUACUAAUGCCGUUAGUUAGACGAGCUAAAACUUUUCUUCGUUUUGUUUGUCCCAUAUCUUUUAUCGACUGUUCAACGCGGAACGGCACUGGUAACCCACGCCGUAAAAAAUGAUUAUGGAACCUUUAGCGAAACGGUAUAUAUUUUCAUGGCUGUUUGUGGCUUUAAGUCUUCAGGUGUCGAGUUUACAUUUUGCAGUAGCGACUUACUACACAGCCUACCUGAACGUGUCGUUUAUUGAUCCUGCAAACAACGAAACCAUAUCGCGACAAGGGGAAAGCGGACCAACGCUAUAUGGACAAGAUUCUCCUAAAGUUACGGUGAUGGGGGACGUUUAUUUACCUGAUCCGGUUUACAGUUGCGAAAGUGAUACUUUUUAUGAUGUGCCUAGUGGGUCAAAGGGGUGGAUCGCCAUAAUUCAACGCGGCUACGAAUGUACUUUUUCACAGAAGAUCAAUGUUGCAGCCAGUAAAGGAGCUGUUGCUGCUGUAAUUUUCAAUGGUCUUGGUACAAACAAUACAGUCAUCCAAAUGUCGCACCCAGGAACAGGAGAUAUGGUUGCCAUCAUGAUUAGUCACAGACGGGGCAUGGAAAUUGUUGAGCUGAUCAGGCAAGGGAUUCCAGUCUCGAUGACCAUUGAGGUGGUCAAGCAGCAUGGUGUCUGGAUGAGCCACUAUUCGGUCUUCUUCGUCUCCAUCUCCUUCUUCAUGAUAACAGCAGUAACUGUUUGCUACUUCAUAUUCUACUCGGCCCGCCGCCUCAACGUCGUUCGUCUACAAAACCUUCAACAGAAACAGCUGAAGGCAGAGGCCAAGAAAGCCAUUGGUCAGCUGCAAGUCCGGACCGUGAAACGAGGAGAUAAGGAGACUGGGCCUGACGCUGACACCUGUGCAGUAUGCAUUGACGCUUACAAGUCUGGCGACGUGCUGACCAUUCUCACCUGCAAUCAUUUCUUCCACAAGACCUGCAUUGAGCCCUGGCUAAUGGAGCACAGGACCUGCCCCAUGUGUAAAUGUGACAUACUCAAGGCCUUGGGAGUAGAGCAGCCGGAAGAGGACCAGCCCAGUCAUCAGUUGACCAUGCAUCCAGACAUGACGUCCUACCCCAGGGUUCUAGUCCCAGAGGACACCCGCAGUGAGACAGCCUCCGCAGGCUAUGCUUCUGUACAAUGCACAGAGGAGCACAGCAGACCAGCAGAUGAGACCCACGUGUAUGAGACAUUGGGGCAACAUCCUGGCCCAGGAUCAAUCCAGGUGGACAUCUUCCAGCCCCAUUAUGACAACCUCGCCUUUGAGGGAAACUCACGAAACCAACGGGAACCCCUGACAUGAAUGGGAUGCUCACUCUAAGCACUAGACCUUGGCUAAUGGGACUUGGGCCACAAUCAAUUACAUUCGAAGAUGUUUCCUGUGGUCAUGAAGCAAGGGAAACCAGGAAUGUGGGUCUGAUAUUAUUCAUAGGGAAAGAGGGCUUGACCGAUAUAUGCAUAUCAAUUUACAUGAAAUUGAUGAGGCAAUCCUUCGAUGCACUUGUCUGAGUUUGGAGAUGGUACUGUCCAGUUUCAUUCUGAUUUAAUUGUACUUUUUAUAAUAUGAUUUGAAUGUUUUUGAUGCUUAAUUACGUCAGUCAAUGUAUCACUUCAUCAGUUACUGAUUUUAAAUGGUUUCAAUUUGCUAAUUUAACACCCACAGCUUUUUAACAUACUCAAUAUGCCCACACCAACAACAGAAUAGUGUGGGUGUAUUGAGUGAUGACGAAUUAGAAGUUUUCUUGUUGUAAUUAACUCGUAUCAUUCUUAGAAUACUCAUUAUAUUAAUAGACAGAUUUAAUCAAAAAUCUGUCAUUUAAAAAAAAGAUGAAGGGUCAAGAUCAUUACAUAUCCCAUCGAGCUGCCCGUUGUCACAGUUCCAAGACCAGUCAGAAACAGCUAAUCCUAUGCCAAAGAGGCCGGUGAAUCCCAAAAUUGAACUUGGAUCUGCGUUAAGUAUCAAAUCAAAUUUAUUCAUAUAGCCCUUCUUACAUCAGCUGAUAUCAGUGCUAUGAUGGGGUCUAAAACCAGACUGAAGCAUUUCGUAUACAUUGUUUGUCAUCAGGAAGGCAGUGAGUUGCUGCGCAAAAGCAUGGAUUAAUUUUUCUGCAUCAUUUUUGGACAAAGUUUCUAAUUUUUGCAAUGUUACGUAGAUGGAAAAAAGCUGUCCUUGAAACAAUCUUAAUAUGUUCUUUAAAAGAAAGAUCAGGGUCCAGAGUAACGCAGCGGUCCUUCACAGUUUUGAGACGACUGUACAACCAUUAAGAUUAAUUGUCAGAUUCAACAGAAGAUAUCUUUGUUUCUUGGGACCUAGAACAAGCAUCUUCUGUUUUGUCCGAGUUUAAAAGUAGAACGUUUGCAGCCAUCCACUUCCUUAUGUCUGAAUCAGAUGCUUCUAGCGAGGGCAAUUUUGGGGCUUCACCAUGUUUCAUUGAAAUGUACAGCUGUGUGUCAUCCACAUAGCAGUGAAAGUUAACAUUAUGUUUUUGAAUGACAUCCCCAAGAGGUAAAAUAUAUAGUGAAAACAAUGGUGGUCCUAAAAUAGAACCUUGAGGAACACCAAAAUUUACAGUUGAUUUGUCAGAGGACAAACCACUCACAGAGACAAACUGAUAUCUUUCCGACAGAUAAGAUCUAAACCAGGCCAGAACUUGUCCGUGUAGACUAAUUUCAGUUUCCAAUCUCUCCAAAAGAAUGUGGUGAUCGAUGGUAUCAAAAGCAGCACUAAAGACCGAUGCAAAGCCUCGGUCUGAUGCCAUUAAAAGGUCAUUUACCACCUUCACAAGUGCCGUCUCAGUGCUAUGAUGGGGUCUAAAACCAGACUGAAGCAUUUCGUAUACAUUGUUUGUCUUCAGGAAGGCAGUGAGUUGCUGCGCAACAGCCUUUUCUAAGAUUUUUGAGAGGAAUGGAAGAUUCGAUAUAGGCCGAUAGUUUUUUUAUAUUUUCUGGGUCAAGGUUUGGCUUUUUCAAGAGAGGCUUUAUUACUGCCACUUUUAGUGAGUUUGGUACACAUCCGGUGGAUAGAGAGCCGUUUAUUAUGUUCAAUAUAAGAGGGCCAAGCACAGGAAGCAGCACUUUCAGUAGUUUAGUUGGAAUAGGGUCCAGUAUGCAGCUUGAAGGUUUAGAGGCCAUGAUUAUUUUCAUCAUUGUGUCAAGAGAUAUUGUACUAAAACACAUGAGUGUCUCUCUUGAUCCUAGGUCCUGGCAGAGUUGUUCAGACUUAGGACAACUGAGCUUUGAAGGAAUACGCAAAUUUAAAGAGUCCAUAAUUUGCUUUCUAAUAAUCAUGAACUUUUCCUCAAAGAAGUUCAUGAAUUUCUACUACUAACGUGAAAGCCAUCCUCUCUUGGGGAAUGCUGCUUUUUAGAUAGCUUUGCGACAGUAUCAAAAAGGAAUUUCAGAUUGUUCUUAUUUUCCUCAAUUAAGUUGGAAAAAUAGUAAGGGCUCUUUGAUACUGCACGGUACUGUCUUUCCAAGCUAGUCGGAAGACUUCCAGUUUGGUGUGGCACCAUUUCCGUUCCAAUUUUCUGGAAGCUUGCUUCAGAGCUCGGGUAUUUUCUGUGUACCAAGGAGCUAGUUUCUUAUGAGAAAUGUUUUUAGGGGUGCAACUGCAUCUAGGGUAUUGCGCAAGGUUACGUUGAGUUCCUCAGUUAGGUGGAUUUUUGUCCUCUGGCGUCCUUGGGUAGACAGAGGGAGUCUGGAAGGACAUCAAGGAAUCUUUGUGUUGUCUGUGAAUUUAUAGCACGACUUUUGAUGUUCCUUGGUUGGGGUCUGAGCAGAUUAUUUGUUGCAAUUGCAAACGUCAUAAAAUGGUGGUCCGAUAGUCAAGGAUUAUGUGGAUCUUAAUGUUUUUCCUCAACAUUUAUUCCAUGGGACAAAACUAGGUCCAGAGUAUGACUGUGACAGUGAGUAGGUCCAGAGACAUGUUGGACAAAACCCACUGAGUCGAUGAUGGCUCCGAAAGCCUUUUUGAGUGUGUCUGUGGACUUUUUCAUGUGAAUAUUAAAGUCACCAAAGAUUAGAAUAUUAUCUGCUAUGACUACAAGGUCCAAUAGGAAUUCAGGGAACUCGAUGAGGAAUGCUGUAUAUGGCCCAUGAGGCCUGUAAACAGUAACUAUAAAAAGUGAUUGAGUAGGCUGCAUAGAUUUCAUGACUAGAAGCUCAAAAGAUGAAAACGUCUUUUUUUUUUUUUGUAAAUUUAAAUUUGCUAUCGUAAAUGUUAGUAACACCUCCACCUUUGCGGGAUGCACAGGGGAUAUGGUCACUAGUGUAGCCAGGAAGUGAGGCCUCAUUUAACACAGUAAAUUCAUCAGGCUUAAGCCAUGUUUCAGUCAGGCCAAUCACAUCAAGAUUAUGAUCAGUGAUUAGUUAAUUGACUAUAAUUGCCUUUGAAGUAAGUGAUCUAACAUUAAGUAGCCCUGUUUUAAGAUGUGAGGUAUCAUGAUCUCUUUCAAUAAUGACAGGAAUGGAGGAGGUCUUUAUCCUAGUGAGAUUGCUAAGGCGAACACGGCCAUGUUUAGUUUUGUCCGACCAAGGUUGAGGCACAGACACGGUCUCAAUGGGUAUAGCUGAGCUGACUACACUGACUGUGCUAGUGGCAGACUCCACUAUGCUGGCAGGCUGGCUAACAGCCUGCUACCUGGCCUGCACCCUAUUUCAUUGUGGAGCUAGAGGAGUUAGAGCCCUGUCUAUGUUGGUUGAUAAGAUGAGAUCACCCCUCCAGCUCGGAUGGAGUCCGUCACUCCACAGCAGGUCAGGCUUGGUGCUGUUUGUGGGUGAGUCCCAGAAAGAGGGCCAAUUAUCUACAAAUCUUUUGGGAGGGGCAGAAAACAGUUUUCAACCAGCGAUUGAGUUUUGAGACUGCUGUAGAGCUCAUCACUCCCCCUAACUGGGAGGGGGCCAGAGACAAUUACUCGACGCCGACACAUCUUUCUAGCUGAUUUACACGCUGAAGCUAUGUUGCGCUUGGUGAUCUCUGACUGUUUCAUCCUAACAUCGUUGGUGCCGACGUGGAUAACAAUAUCUCUAUACUCGCCAGUUUUAGCUUUAGCCAGCACCAUCUUCAGAUUAGCCUUAACGUCGGUAGCCCUGCCCCCUGGUAAACAGUAUGAUCGCUGGAUGAUUCGUUUUAAGUCUAAUACUGCGGGUAAUGGAGUCGCCAAUGACUAGAGUUUUCAAUUUGUCAGAGCUAAUGGUGGGAAGCUUUGGCGUCUCAGACCCCGUAACGGGAGGAGUAGAGACAAGAGAAAGCUCAGCCUCUGACUCCAACUCGUUGCUUGAUGGGGGAAAACCAGUUGAAAGUUUCUGUCGGCUGAAUGAGCGACACCGGUUGAGCAUUCCUACAGCAUUUCCCACCAGAAACUGAGAAAGUUGUCCGGCUGCGGGGACCGUGUUACUUUCUUUACUUACUGGUGGUACAGACGCUGUUUCAUCCUUUCCUACACUGAAACUACCCUUGCCUAACGCUUGCGUCUGAAGCUGGGCUUGUAGCACAGCUAUCCUCGCCGUAUGGCAAUCGUUCUCCUCUAUAUUAUGAGUACAGCGACUGCAAUUAGAAGGCAUCAUGUUAAUGUUACUACUUAGCUUCGGGUGUUGGGGGUCCUGACGAACCAUGUCCAGAUAAAGCGUCCGGAGUGAAAAAGUUGAAUGAAAAAAAAGUUGAGGGAAAAAUCAAAAAUAUAAAGGUCAUUAAAAAGUAAAAACCGUAAAGUUCUCGGGUAGCAAGGUAAGGUUGGCACAGCAACACGUAAACAAGUAGCAAUGAUAUCCUUCAACUGUGGUUUUACGACAGAUUUCUCGAACCAGUCAAGACUAUAAAUCAUUUUUACGUUUCUUUACAGCAAAUUCAUGAGUUACCUAAUUGUUAAACUAGCAGAGGAGUUUUGAAGUGGAGGGUGCAGUAUAAAUGAAGUUUGGCAAUGAGGAUGAAAACUAGCAUAGUUCAACUAGUUUAGCCAGGGAAACCCGGGGAAAACAAGCUCGGGCCUAGUGCGCAUAUGUUAGGAAUGGUAUUUUUAAACUUGGAAAUAGUCCUUCACAGUAUGGCAGUAAGAGCAUCUCUUUGAACCCCCUGGCUUCAUGUAGAUAUUUUUAAAUAUGUUUGAGUAACUACCUGUGCUUUGUGGGUGUGUGCCUUUAAAAUGAUUCACCGGUGCAAGAUAUAAUUCCAUGCCAUCCUACUUUGAUAGGGAAAUGCUAUGAUUUUACUGUAUUUUCAAGUAGAUUGUGCAUGCACUUUACAUUAAUGAAUUCAUUACACUUUCAAUAUGUGUAUCUGUUUUUUUUCACUCGUCUUAACCUUGUUCAGCCUUUCCAGAGUAAAUGUAUAUUAUAGUAUUUUUCUUAUAUAAAGGACAAAAAGGGUAUUCUAUAUUUUAUUUUACUUAGUUACAGUGCCUUCAUACUCCUUGACUCAUUCCACAUGUUUUUGUUACAGCCUGAAUUCUAUUAGAUUUUACAUUAGAUUUUUUUUCUCAUCCAUCUACACACAAUACCCCAUGAUGACAAAGUGAAAUCAUGUUUUUAGAAAUGUUUGCACAUUUAUUGAAAAUGAAACACAGAAAUAUCUAAAUAGGUAUUCACACCCCUGAGUCAGUACAAUCACCUUUGGCAGUGAUUACAGCUGUGAGUCUUUCUGGAUAAGUCUCAGUGUUGCACACCUGGAUUGUACAAUAUUUCCAAAUUCUUUAACAUGUUGAGCACUGUCUUUAAUUGUAUGUGUGGGGUACAGGUAGAGAUUAGGUAUUAACAUUUUUUUUUAUUAAAAUACUUAUUGCGCAUGGUCCAUGCAACUUAUUAUGUGCCUUAAGCACAUGUUUACUCAUUAACUUCAGCUAACAUUUCAGCUUUUCAUAUUUAGUUGUAUUUUAUUUUUUGUUGAAUUUUUACCCAUUUUUCUCCCCAAUUACGUGGUAUCCAAUUGUUAGUAGCUACUAUCUUGUCUCAUCGCUACAACUCCCGUACGGGCUCAGGAGAGACGAAGGUUGAUAGUCAUGCGUCCGCCGGUACACAACCCAACCAAGCCGCACUGCUUCUUAACACAGCGCGUAUCCAACCCGGAAGCCAGCCACACCAAUGUGUUGGAGGAAACACCGUGCACCUGGCAACCUUGGCUAGCGCGCACUGCGCCCGGCCCGCCACAGGAGUCGCUGGUGCGCGAUGAGACAAGGACAUCCCUACCGACCAAGCCCUCCCUAACCCGGACGACGCUAGGCCAAUUGUGCGUCGCCCCACGGACCUCCCGGUCGCGGCCGGUUACGACAAAGCCUGGGCGCGAACCCAGGGACUCUGAUGGCACAGCUGGCGCUGCAGUACAGUGCCCUUAACCACCCGGGAGGCCAUUUUUUUAUACACAUUUCUAAUUUGAAAUUAUGGGGUAUUGUGUUGCUGCCAGUGACACAAUUUUUAAUUUAAUUUAGGCUUUAACAACAAAAGUGGAAAAAGUAAAUGGGUGUGAAUACUUUCUGAAGGCACUGCAUGUGGGAAAUUUGAUAACUGGUAAACUUCAUAAAAUACUUUUAGAAUAUUGCAAAUAUAUUUUCAUAUUAAAAUAUUGCUUUUUGAUCAUUUGUUCAUUUUGUGUGUGUGUAUAUGGAUUAAAAGCAUUUUCUGAUCUUCAA